UAUGUCCCCCUGGAAACAGACAGCAGCUUUAGCAGAGCUUGUAAAUGAAUUCAAUGACGAUGCAGGUUAAUGACUCUAUUACUCACUUCCCAAAGGCCUAGUGAUCCCGACAUUGACCGCAUGCGCAACCCAGGGAAACAGCGUCGCCUAUGAUACACCGAUUUCCUCGGCAUUUAGCAGAAGGAAUGAAUGUUCAGCUCCAUAAAUUAGUAUUUCCCCCCCCCCCUUGCCCAAUGGGUAUGCCCGAGAUUUACCUUAGCGGUCGGUAUAUAAGCACUGUGGACCACGCGUAUGUUUAUCUCUCCCUGCCAUUAAUGAUAUCAGUCAACACUACUCCCAGCACGAUCAUGAUAUCUUCAUGGAUCAAUCUCGUUCUGUACACCGCUGAAGUCCUGUUGUUCAUAUAUUACGACAUUUCUCGUAGACCCCGGCACUUUUAUCGCUACGGUCCAAUGGUUGCCUUGAUAAUCGACACAGCUGCUACGGCGGUAAUUUGUGCAGAGGCCUAUCUCACACUUGUUGACCAUCAAGACAGUCAAUUAUGGACUGUCCCUUUCGUUAUUAUCCUCACCGUCGUUUCAGCUUUGUUGGAGCAAAGUUUCCUAAUUUAUCGGUUUCGAACACUAACCAACGGGGUCAUCAUAACAGCUAUACUCUGCGUGCUAGUUUUCACGCAUGCGGCGGUUGCGCUUAUCAGUACCGUAUACUCAUUUUCUCACUCGGAUGCCGACCCGAUUGGCCCAAACACUCUGGGGUGGAUAAGCGUAGGAGUUUCUUACAUUCUCAGUGCUUUGGCGGACGUCGCCAUCUCGAGCGCACUGGUUCGUUCCUUGGGUCAGUUCAAAAUUGGUUCCCCGGUGACUAAGAGUCUUAUAAGACAGGCGUCUGUGAAGACGAUGGCCUGGGGAUUCAUCUCCGCGAUGACAACCUUAACGGUGCUUAUUCUAUUAUAUGUCACUCCGUCGGCUUCGACGGCAGUUUUCCUGUGUUCAGGUCGGGUGUAUAGUCUCACCGUCUUAAUUCACAUGGCACUCUGUAUCCUGAAGAGCGAGCCGCCACCAAAUUUCAGCCUAAAUUUUCCGCCUAGUACUAUCGAACGGACAACCUGUUUUACGUGUUCAAGCAUGAUCAGAAAGUCUCAAUCUGUCGACGCCACAUGUUCCUCAACCGACCGGCCAGAAGCCCAGGACUCAUGCCCAGAAGCCUUGUUCUCAGCUGGCACCCACGCAUAACUCAUCUGUUGUCUGAAGUUUAGAGUUAAUAUACAUACGUUUUAGGCCGGAUAUUAUUUUAAUAUGUUCUUGCGAGUCGAGUCUCAACGUCAGCUAAGCGUAUGCCCGCAAGUGCUCUCAUCGAGGCGGGUACAGAGGUAAAGAUCCGCUUUUACUUGUUCUUGAGAUCACCUGUGCAAGAUAUCGUUAAUGCGUUAAUCUUCGGCAGGAAAGUCAGUGUUAAUUCACAGAACCUCAACAAAUAGCACAAACCACGGAAAAUAUCUCUUCAGCCGUUGCUGAGGACACUCUCCGUUCCAGUUUUCCUCAUUUCCUAGAGAAAGACUAGGCAGUCCAGGCUGUUGAACGACGAAUGAAGCCGACACAGAACCAUAAGCAGCACC